UGAUGAUGACAAUUUCUCGCUUAUUAUAAACCAAGUAGAAAUAAAUGAUUUUUUAAAUAACCGUUUGCCAAAUCUACACACAUAAUAUCUAUCACACAGCAAAUGAAUUGCGAUAUCCAUUGUGGUCGCUCACCACGCUUAUUAGCUAUUCUACGACAGCACGAUCAUUCGUUGCCUAUAUCGAGAGCUUUUUGCUAAUAAAUCUAGUCAUACCGCAAUCUAUCGCCAGCCGACACUGACCGUUGAAAAGUAGCGAGACGUACGAUCUGCAUAAACUCCACGAUCGGCACCUAACACUGGAUUGGAUACAUGCUUUCAUAGCAAUUGACAGUUUUGAAAGCUCAUAUAUGAUAGCUCAUGAGUUAGUUCUAGCUCAUAGUUCGAAUGACAACGGUCGCGGGAAAAUGUUUCAGUUUGCAUUUCUGCUGUUUCACGCCGCUAUCAGUGCCGAUAUGGCAAACUCCAUCAGUGCAACAUGCAAUAGGGCAAUGAAACUUUAUGGCGUUGUGCCAAAAUCCGAAGGUCAAAUGCAAUAUUUGAGAUUCCUUAGUGCAUACAAUGAAUCGUUGGAUUUCUGGUUACUCACGGCUGUGAUCAAUGAGGAAGCACAUGUGCUGGUCUCUGCUGAUGACGAAAAUGAUUUUCGGAAAGAUCUAUUUAGUCAAAGGAUGGAGUUUUAUGUGAAAAAUCCAAACAUCGGAGGUUGUGCAGAAGGCGGUAGAACAGAACGUAAGGCCCAGUAUAGAUCAAAAGAAUCGUUAGAUUUUACCAGGAGAUAUCUGAGCUACAGUGACAUCAACAGGUACAUCGAUUACCUAGGUCGGAAAUACGCAGAUAUGGUUACCGUAACAAACGUCGGUAAAUCAUACGAAGGAAGGACGCUCAAAACAGUCACCAUCGGACAAAGUCAACAAUCCAAAACAAUACUCAUUGACGCUGGUAUUCAUGCUAGAGAAUGGAUAGCACCAGCUACUGCCCUUUACGUAAUUAAUCGACUAGUGCAGCACGCAAAUGAGAAUCGUGACUUGUUAAGCAAUCUCACGUGGAUUAUUUUGCCGCUUGUGAAUCCAGACGGCUACGAAUACUCAUUCAAGUCAAACAAAUUUUGGCGCAAAACGAGGCAGCCAUACGGGCGCUGUAUAGGAACAGAUGGCAAUCGGAACUUCAAUUUUCACUGGGGAGAAAAGGGUGCUUCGAAAUACGAGUGCGUCAAUACCUUUGCUGGUCCAAGGCCUUUUUCUGAACCUGAAACUCAAACUGUACGUGACCUACUACUAGCCAAGAAUGACACUAUCAAGUUUUAUCUUUCGCUGCACUCCUACGGCCGAAUGUUGCUCUAUCCGUGGGGUUAUAAGAAAGAUCUUCCCCGAAAAUGGAGAAAUAUGGAUGUGGUAGCUCGCGCCGGUGCGUCUGCCAUGAAACGAUCGCACAGAGUAGACUAUCGAGUAGGUGGAGCAGCAAAAGUCCUGUAUGAAGCGGCAGGUGCCAGUGAUGAUUAUGCAAUAGCGGUCGCAAAAAUCCCAAUUGCCAUCACAAUGGAACUUCCAGGAGAUGAGAGGGGGUUUCACCCGGUUGAGUCAAAGAUUAGUAUAUUCAUUCAAGAAGCAUUCACUGGAAUACGCGCCAUGGCACUCAAGAUGAUGGAAAUCCAGGUGUAGUUGGCAGUUUUAUAGAUUUCGAUUGCUAGUAUUAUCUUAAGUGGACGAGUGAAUGUUAAUGCUUGGUAAGCGUUCGUUUUAGGAAGCUAAGGGCAAACAUUAACAACGACCUAGAAAAUAUUGCAUAGAUUAGAUGAAAACUUCAAGCAGCACAAUAAAUAAAAAAAUCGUGUGAAAGGAAAAAUAAUUCGCAAAACUAUUAAGGUAUCCCACAAACACAAGAUGACCAUCGCAAUGGCCGACUUGUGCCCCUUUC